UAUGCAAUUUGCCGCAUGUUCUAACCAUACAGAUUCCACAUUGUCAUAUUGCAACCAAUUGCAACGUUUCCAGUGAUUUCAUCAGAUUGCAUUUAUUGCAUAGUUAUAUUAACAUAUUGCAUCAGUUUGACAAACUGAUUUAAAGUUGGUUUUAGCAAGUGAACAAACACACGAAAAUGUCCGGUGAUCAACAGAACGGCAUUUACACUUCCGAGAAGAACGGUAACGACGAGAGCGGAGAUGGCUCAGAGGGAAAACCAUUCAAGACCAUACUGAAGGCUAUGCACAAAGCCGGUGCCGAACCCUUCCCGGUGAUUUACGUCGAUGGCAACGAAGGUGUCAAGUAUGAGCCAGCCUCCAAGUCUCAGCUGAAGAAAAUUACGAAGUUCUUUGUCAGAGAGAAAUCCAAGUCUGAGGAUAAGCAGAAGAAGGAAAAGGAGGAUGAGGAGAAGAGGAGCAAGAACCUGGAGGAUGCCAAAAAGAUCAUCAUUACAGAAGAUGAAUCUUUGCCCAAGGCAAAGAAGAUUAAAAUUAGUGAUGGAAAGGAACACAGAGGACAGAGAGUGACAAUGUAUGGAUGGGUGCAUAGGCUUCGUCGUCAAGGUAAAAACUUGAUGUUCAUCACAUUGAGGGACGGUACAGGAUUUUUGCAGUGCGUCCUCAAUGAUUUGCUUUGCCAGACUUACAACGCAGUCGUCUUGUCCACUGAAUCUUCAGUGAAACUCUUCGGUUUCAUCAAAGAAGUCCCGGAAGGCAAAAACGCACCUGGUGGUCAUGAAAUGCACGUGGACUACUGGGAGUUGGUUGGUUUGGCUCCACCGGGCGGCGCAGAUGCUAUCCUCAACGAGGAAGCUCUUCCAGACGUUCAAGCCGAGAACAGGCACAUCAUGAUUCGCGGUGAAAACACCUCGAAAGUCCUCAGGAUGAGAUCAGUUUUGUUACAAGCAUUCAGGGACCAUUACAUGGCUCGCGGUUAUUGCGAAGUUACACCACCGUCCAUAGUGCAAACCCAAGUCGAAGGCGGAUCCACUCUGUUCAAACUUGACUACUUCGGUGAGGAAGCUUACCUCACGCAAAGUUCCCAAUUGUACUUGGAAACUUGUCUUGCUUCCAUGGGAGACGUUUUCUGCAUCGCCGAGAGCUUCAGGGCCGAACAGAGCAGGACGAGGAGACAUUUAGCUGAAUAUACGCACGUUGAAGCUGAAUGUCCAUUCAUCUCGUUCGAUGAUCUCUUGGAUCGUCUCGAGGAUCUGAUCUGCGAUGUCGUUGAUCGCGUCUUAAAAUCGCCAUGGGGUCAUCUCGUAUACGAAUUGAACCCUGACUUCAAGGUGCCGGAAAGGCCCUUCAUGCGCAUGGACUACACGGAUGCUAUCAAGUAUCUGAAAGAGCACAACAUCACCAAGGAGGACGGUACCUUCUACGAGUUCGGCGAGGACAUCCCGGAGAUGCCCGAGCGCAAGAUGACCGAUCAGAUCAAUAAGCCUAUUAUGCUGUGUCGCUUCCCAGCGGCCAUCAAGUCCUUCUACAUGCCCAGAUGCAAAGAGGACAACAGGUUGACGGAAAGUGUUGAUAUUCUGUUGCCUAAUGUGGGUGAAAUCGUUGGUGGAUCAAUGAGGAUCUGGGAUUUGGAAGAGCUGAUGAAAGGUUUCGAGAGGGAAGGAAUCGACCCUAAACCUUAUUUCUGGUACAACGACCAACGUAAAUACGGUUCAUGCCCGCACGGAGGAUACGGACUUGGAUUGGAACGUUUCGUCUGCUGGCUGCUUAACCGUUACCACAUUCGUGAAGUCUGCUUGUAUCCACGUUACUUGAACCACUGCAAACCUUAAUUUAAUUAGUGGACUACACACAUGCAUUUAUUAUACCCUGCUUGCUUAUUAAAGUAAUAAAAAGUUAUUAAAUAAUAA